GUUCACAUAGGCUACGCACCCUCCAGUGUCGUCGUACGAUGGGCUGUUCGACCACAGCUGGACAGAUAACAAAGCGGUCGUGAGAGUUAUUCUGAACCUCAACUCUUUACUUUUAAGCUACAACCGCUCAGAUAUGGAGAAAGUUGUCCUUGUAACUGGCGCGAACAGCGGCAUCGGCCUGGCCUUGUGUGAAAGGCUCCUCACUGCCAACAACCAGUUGCGACUGUGCCUGGCCUGCAGAAACAUGCAGCGUGCUGAAGCCGCCCGUUCCGCCCUCCUGAGCUCUCAAACCAGCGCCCGGAUAGAUUUGCUACACCUCGAUGUGGGGUCCGUGCAGUCGGUGCUCAGUGCCGCUAAGGAGAUCAAGAGCAGAUAUAGCAGUAUUGACUUUUUGUAUCUGAAUGCAGGCAUUAUGCCGAACCCAACUGUGGACAUCGGAGCAUUUUUCAAAGGUCUUUUCUCCAGGAACGUCGUCAACAUGUUUGCGACAGCACAAGGGCUCUUAACCCAGCAGGACCGUCUCAACUCAGAUGGUCUACAGGAAGUCUUUGCCACUAACCUGUUUGGACAUUUUCUCCUGAUCAGGGAGUUGGAGCCUCUUCUAUGCCAGCCGGGUCGAACAUCCAGGGUCGUGUGGACGUCCUCGAGCAACGCCAGUCGCUCUGCCUUCAGCAUCAACGAUAUUCAGCACAAAAGUGGAACAGAACCCUACAGCUCAUCCAAAUAUGCGUCAGACAUGCUCAGCCUGGCUCUCAACGGACACAAGAACAACCAGGGGCUGUUUUCCUCCGUCAUCUGUCCCGGAUUGGUGAUGACGAAUCUAACCUAUGGCAUCCUCCCCUCUUUCUUCUGGACUCUGAUCAUGCCCAUAAUGUGGAUUAUACGAAUAUUCACCAACACCUUCACGCUGACACCAUACAACGGAGCGGAGGCAUUAUAUUGGCUGUUUUUUCAAAAGCCUGAAUCUCUGGAUCCAAGAGCAAAGUAUCACAGUUUAACGUCAGGCCUCGGAACAAACUACACAAAGCCUCAACAAAUGGACAUCGACGAUGAACUGUGCGAGGUGUUCUAUUCAAAACUUCUUGAACUGGAAACAGAAGUCAGAAGGAAACUAAGCAAGAGCGAUGCUGAUAACGAAGCCUAUCAGCGGUACAUCAGUCACGUAGAUUAGCGCUCAGUCUCAAAACAGAAAGUUUUGCUCUCUUAAAGAUCGAUCAUGCACUGCACUUGUUUGUAGGUUGGACUCUUAAAUAAUCAGUGAUGUUUGCAUGGUUGCUUUAAACAUCACCAACUUUAGACAAUUUCUAGAUUUUAUUUUAUUUUUUUCAAUGUGGUGCUUUUUUUUAGAUUUUCACACUAAUCUGUUCAACAUGCUCCCAAAAUGAUGGGUGUAGUCUUUAAGACUAUGUUUAAGGCAAAAUUAUCCCAGAAAUGUUCCUGUCAUAUUUUUGUGAACUUGUGCCACAAAACUUCAAAUUUUACUUCACAUUGUGAAUUUUUAAAAUGGAACUCAAUUGCAUUGUAGAAGAAAACUUCACAUUUCUUGCAUAUGCAUUCGUAAAAUAAUAUUCAUGUCAGCCAUGUACUCUCCAUGUGCUUAUUUCAAUUUUUUUACCAGGUUAGAAAGUGAGGGGCUUACUUUUUAACUGAAUGUUGAGUCAAGCCGUCAAGUCAUCGUUUGCAUUAUAUUACAUGUAACUAUAGAGACAAGGAGAGAAGAUUCGGCUGUGCUGAGGUCAGAACACCACAGAAAUGGUAUUACAUUUUAUCGCGAGUUUCUUUAUUAUCAGAGCAUCUCGGUAUGUCGUA